UUGCCGCGCUUCCAUGUAGCCUUGCUAUGUCACUGAGUAGGGCCGUGGCUCAGCGGCUGCGCCUUCGCAUUGCGCCGCAGACGGCGUGUUUGCCGCAUGGAAGGUCCUUUUCGAGAACUGCAGUUGCUCAUCACAGCCUUCUUAGACAAGGCCGAUGGAGAUGGAAUUCCACUGAGACCCCGCGGCUAGACGGCUCCAAUAUUUCAAGCUCAUCAUGGCUGCGCAAAGGCCUGGUACUGACGCUGAAGCUGGUCUUAAUAUGGGUUCCAGCCCUGGCGGCGUGGACUGCGGUGGUGUCUGGAGUGACGCUGGACCUACGGACACCAGAAGAGAUAAACCAGGAAGAGCAGGAGGCUCAGAAACUGGAAAGGUUCUUUGACGUGGAACACCUUCCUGAAGUUGAAUAUGCGGCAGAAUGGGGUGCAAAAGAGCAGGCAUUAGCCAGCAUCGUGGACAAGCUUACCAGGUCAAGAACUGUGCAAGAAUCCAUGGAGCUACUGCCGGUGGACACAGCACCAGGCCCUUCGGAGCGCUCGGAGGAGGCUGAAGCGGUCAUGGAGUUUUCCUACAUCCAUCCACCGCCGCAGGCCAGCAGCCUCAACACCUUGGAUGUGGAAAUUGCAUCUGAAGGAUACCGACCUUGGAAUCCUCGCUUGAUUCUUGCCCACACGUCUGGCAGUCUCGCAUUGGUGACCAUGAGAUUUCAGCAUCUCCAGGCUGCGCACGGCCGAAGCGAGACAUGGUCAUGUACAAAGCUUCGAGUGGAGCUGAUACCGAGUUCACCUGGGGCCUUGGAAGAAGCCAUUUGCGAUCUCCAGGGACCUCUACCACAUGGUGUCCGUUACAUGCGAAUUUGAGGUGAAAA